CAGUUUCAAGCCACGACGAUGAAAUCCAUGCCUUGUAAUGCAUUAGUGCUGAGUUUCGGGUCCGGGGUCGCGAGAGUUGCCCCCUUUUUCAAUCACAUUCCAGGUCCUUAGUAAUACUGAAUAGAGGCCUCGAGGUUCCACUUUCGCUUUCAUAAAGCGGCUGCUUGAUUGACUUUUCAGAGUCGGCCUCUGCCAGUAGGAGGGGAGAAAAAAAAAACCACAGAAAAACAAGCCGAAGUGCCGAGUCAUGCUGAUGUCGAAAGUCAGCGGCAGCGAAGAAAACAGCCGAGCAGUGACAGCAGGCAGACGGGCUCAGUGACACGGCGGCGGACUGCCGCUCGAGGUUUAAGUCUCAUGCAGUGUUCUGGAUGACCAGGAUGCAGUUUGUGUCAGAUGGAUGAUGGAUUCUCUUUUUCUUGGCUGAGCCUUCACAUCAUCGAGUAAAGCUGUCUACUAGAUGACUGCAGUCUUCUUGCUGCUUUGCCUAAACAGUUUCUGGAUCAUCCUACCAGCCUCUGCCGCUGGAGCGCCUCCUCCCACACCCCGUCCCCUUUGAGCUUGAAAUUUUCAGGCCAGACAAACAGGUUGAAACUUAUUUCAGACAAUUGUCCACAGUUGGAAUCGGUUUCUGCAAUGCCAUGGGCCUUCCUGUGGCCUCUGGGCAACCCUGCUGUGUGUUGUGUGUUCAAACAGGUUAUACAGUAAAGCCAUACCUGGAGGCUCUGGGGUGUAAAGGCCCCAUUCAGAAUUGACACCCAUUGCCAAACCAUGAUCUGCCAGAGAAGACGGCGGCAGGUCUGUGGGCCAGAAGUCUCGCCCAUUGCUGUUCCUUCUAUGAAAGGCCAUGGGUAUUUGGACUACAGAAUUGAGAACCAUCCUACCAAAGUGUUGGAGUGCAUGGAUGAGUUUCGGAGACAAAAUCAGCUGUGUGACCUCAUCUUGCACGUGACUUACAAGGACCAGGUGACAGAUUUUCAGGUUCACAAGAUGGUGCUGGCAUCCUGCAGCCCCUACUUCAGAGCCAUGUUCACCAGUGACUUUAAGGAAUGCCAGGCUUCGGAGGUGACCAUCAAAGACAUGUGUCCAAAGGUCAUGCAGCGACUCAUCGAUUUUGCUUACACCUCACGGGUCACGGUGGGUGAGUCCUGUGUGCUGCACUUGCUGUUUGCUGCCAUGCGCUUCCAGAUGGAUGAUGUCUCCAAAGUUUGCUGUGACUUCCUCAGUAAGAACCUGGAGCCUGCCAAUGUCAUUGGCAUCACAAACUUUGCUGAGAGCAUUGGCUGCACUGAGCUACACCUGAUGUGCCAGGAGUACAUUAAUGCCCACUUCACUGAGGUGACUAAGGAGGAAGAAUUCUUCAGACUGUCUCAUUGUCAGCUGUUGGAGCUUGUCAGUCAGGACCGACUCAAGGUUCUGUGUGAGUCAGAGGUGUACAAGGCUUGCCUGGAGUGGGUGAGGUGGGACCCGGAGAAUCGGGCCCAGUAUUUCCACGCUCUCCUUAAUGCUGUCCACAUUCACUCCCUGCCUCCAAAAUUCCUUAAGACUCAGCUACUGGAGUGUCCCAUCCUAAGCAGGGCCAAUUCUUGCAGGGACUACUUAUCCAAAAUCUUUCAUGAGAUGGCACUGCGGAAGCCUUGCCCACCUCCGCGACCCCGCGGUAAUCAGCUGAUCUAUGUGGCUGGUGGCUACAUGCAGUUUUCGCUGAGCUCCAUGCAGGCUUUCAGUCCUAAGACAGAAAGCUGGAUAAAGCUGGCAGACAUGUCAUCACCUCGCAGUGGCCUAGGAGGCUGUGUUCUCUUUGGAUUGUUCUAUGCUAUGGGCGGGCGGAACAACUCCCAGCUAGAAAACACAGACUCCAACACUAUGGAAUGCUACAAUCCCAUGACGAACCAGUGGAUGCAGCGAGCUCCCAUGAGUGUUCCGAGAAACAGGGUUGGGGUUGGAGUCAUCGAUGGAAGCAUUUAUGCAGUUGGAGGAUCACAAGGCAUGGUGCACCACUGCAGUGUGGAAAGGUACGAUCCUGAAAUGAACCAGUGGACGAUGGUGGCUCCGAUGUCUGUGGCUCGGAUUGGUGCUGGAGUGACUGCCUAUGACGGGCACCUUUAUGUGGUAGGAGGCUUCGAUGGGGAGAACCGGUGGAACUCUGUUGAACGUUACCAUCCUGACACAGACAAGUGGGAGACCAUCACGCCCAUGAGAUCCAUUCGCAGUGGAGCUGGGCUUGUCCAUCUUGAUAGCUACAUCUAUGCUAUUGGAGGCUACAACGGGAUGGAGCAGCUGAACAGCGUGGAGCGCUACAGUGUUUGUAGUAAUUCCUGGACACCGGUGGCACCCAUGAAACAUCGAAGGAGUGCAUUAGGAGUCACCGUCUACCAAGGCAAAAUCUAUGCAUUCGGGGGAUUCAAUCAGUCUGGCUUCCUGUCCACCGUGGAGAGGUACAGCCCAGAAAAGGACGAGUGGACAGAUGUGACAUCCAUGCUUUCACCGUGCAGUGGGAUGGGGGUGGCUGUCACCAUGGAGCCUUGUCCCGGCAGCCUAGAGCAGGAAGCCAGAGAUGACGAAGAAGAUGGAAACUACGGGUGACCCACUGGUAUUCCAAGGGGUGCCUAUCACUAGCUGUUCUUUCCCCUUUCACCCUGAACAUCUAAUUCCAAAACACCAACACGAUGCCUUUUUGGGAGACAGACAUGCCAAAUACAUUUCUUGAUGUGAUCUGACUGGACUAGCUGGCUCCUUCAGUCGAUUUGCUUCACCCUGGCUGCUCGGGAGCUGCCACUGACUGGACUUAAAGAGGACUAAAGUGGCUACCAUGCUGAACUUCUGGAGCCUUGGGGAUUUGUUGCAAUAAUAUGUAUUCAAGUGCAUUGCCAUUGCGGUGAGUGUAGCAGAUGUGAGGUUUGUAUCGAGAGGUGUUGUGUUAUUGUGAGGACCAUUAGGUUUUGAAAGACUGGGGAAAAAUAAAGGAGGAGAUGUAAGGGUUAGGGUGACCACCCCAUAUCCUUAAGAAUUCAUUUUUACGAAGUGUUCAACAAUCUGAGUAUUACCUCAUGUGAGUAUGGGUGUGACUGCAUGAGCUGGGUGAUAUGGUGAGCAUGUCAGGCUUUGUAUGCAUGCAUGAGUGUGUGUGCAGCUGUAGCCAUGUAGUUUGCAUUUGUGUGUGGCGGCUGUGGAGAUGCAUGCAGAUGUAUAGCACCUUGUAAAUGAGUCCAUUCUCUUCAAUCAAUUCUGCACUCUAGUGAACAGCAGGCAACAUCUAAACAUUGUUUUUUUCUGUGGAUGCAUGUGAGUGAGGACUGUCCUGCCAUGUACUGGUGGCCCGUCCAACGUGGAACUCACUUCGCAUGGUGCAGGCUAUUGAAAGAGUAGGGACACAAAAUGGAGUGGCACUGACAGAUCUUUUGAACCCAGCUCAGACAGAAUACAGGGGAUAUUGAGUCCUAAGUUCAAGAGGAAGGACAGUGGUCCACUGAUCAGGGCUUCAGUUUGGUGACAAGUCCUGCCAUCUCAUUAACACCAGCCUUCAACAUUAUGGUGCUACAGUAGGAUUCUGAUAGUCAUUGAACCACUUUACUGAAGUAUGAGCAGAUGUAACCAAAUGUUAGGAAUGCCAUCCAAAAGGGAAAUGGAAAUAAAAAGCUGAAUUGUCCUCCUUACCCCAUCCCAGCCUUGUGUCAGUCUCCAUGAGCUUCUUGUAAGACUUGCAUGGGCAGUGGGCAGCCUUACUAGACAGCAGCUGCCCAGAAUUCUCCCAGGAAUCGUAUGGGACCACUAAGCACGGCCGUGGGAACGUCAUCUGUUUUGUCAUGUUAGGUUUCCACCCUGACACUGUUUUCCCUUUUAGAAUCAUUAUUACAUAGACCAUAAGAGAAUGCCUCAAAUCCCAUACCCUUACUACACUGUCAGGAUUGACUGGUAUUGUGGUUCAACACGUUCCCCUCUCUUUUACAUCCAUAGCCCCUGGAAAUUAGCAUGGAAGUCCAGGACAGACAGGUGAGAUAGUUAGACAUUUAUUCAUGGGUUAUAUUUAAUAUGCCGUAAAUAUAAGCAGAGUGCAAAUGGUAGUGUUGGUAAAGUAAUAUAACCUGAAUAGGAGGCGUUCAUCUUGCAUCCAAUAGGCUUACUUUACUACCAGGUGGCUCUCCGUCUUAGUAAGUUGGAUUUGUUUCUUGUCUGUUUAGGAUGGAAAAUGGCUGAAACUGACAGCAUGGCCUGUUUGCAUAGGGUAGCCGAGACGGAGAGACCACUUGGCUUUGUAGGCCUCAUUUAACCGACUCUAACGGUCCUUGACAAGACUCAUGCAAAGUGGAGGUGUCAGUCAUUCAGCUCCAUUCCAGCCCGUGCCCUCCUUCUGCCUAUCCCUUCUUCUCCAGUCUUUCUUUCUGGGGGGAAGGCUAAUAGAAUGUAAAGUGUCCGUGUUUACCUGGCCGGCCCAUCCUGCUACAGAUAUGUGCACAGUAACCGACUGCGUGUGCUCGUGUGCAAGUGCAGGUAUGUGAGUGUGAGCAGCUUGGGGUGCACUGCCUUCAAAUGUCUAAAGUGUGUUCACACAUUCAGUGUUUAUAGCUGGAGUGAUCAUGUGUGUGUGUGUGCGAGUGCAGUGCUGCUCACACACACACACUGAUCUCACAAUAUGGACAGUAAUCGACUCUGUGUGUGCUCGUGUACAAGUGCAGCACAUUUGUGCAGGCCUGAAGUUUGAGAUCACACCGUAGGUGUGUGCCUGAGUGUGAGGGUACAAACAAGUUUAGAAGAGCAUUUUAUACCCUGUGUGUUGCGUCUGCUUGUGCAUAUGUGCACGUGUGUGUCUGUUUGCUCUUCCCUGUGUGAACCUGCACUGCAUGUGUGUGCCUUUGUCUGUGAGGAGCAGUGUUUACUUGACCGUGUGUAUGAUUUUUGUGUCCAACAUCGAGUGUGAGUUCACAUGUGGUAAGAAAAGCUGUGUAGGUGUAUGUGGUGCAUGUGCUAACGGUCUGCAAAUGUUUGUGUAACCUCGCAUGCAGUGUGUUUGUGUGUGUGUGUAAGGACGCGUAUUUGCACGUUUGGAGUGUCUUGGAGCACCGUGUGCUUGUGUAUACAGGUGUGAAUGUGAGACAGUGAGCGAGUCGCCGUGUGUCCAUACCCAGACAGUAUUUGUCUCUGCAAGGCUGCCCUCUCCCCUUACUCUCCUCCAUGCCCGCUCUGGGUCCAUAGCGAGGUGUGAGUGUGCCCCCCUGCAUUCUCUCUCCAUUGUGUGCCACUUGUGAAGCCAGCCAGAGUGGUGACCCAUUUGGCAUCAGAGAAGUGAGUGCUUCUCCAGGGACCCCCAAAAUGAAGUUUUGUAUAUUUGCACAUGGACCCUCUGUUGAAGUGCCCGGCCGAACUGCAGCUGGUUUCUUUUCAGUGAAGGAAUUCACUGCAACAUAAGAUAAGGAAAUGGCAAGGGGGCAAAGCCGGCUAUCCAGUAGUUUAAACUUGUCCACCACGGGCACGCUGCUGUCAGAAGAAUGCCGCCUUCACACUUUGAAGAUUUGUCUUUUUUUUCUGGAUAAUAAAAGAAGCUGCUCCCUGCUC